CAAUGUUUUGAAACUGUGAAAGCUGGAAUUAAAAGUCUGGCUUUGGCACCUUCAUUAAAACCAAAAUCUAAUUUGUGCAUUGAGAGCAUGCCAUCAGAAAUGCUGAUAAAGAUAUUUUCCUAUUUGGAUGCUGUGUCCCUAUUGUCUGUUGGUUGUGUAAAUAGGCAAUUCUAUCAUCUGGCCAAUGACAAUGGAAUCUGGCUGAAAAUCUAUUCCAGUUGUUUUCAACCAAAAAGGACAAUCUGGAAAAUGAAACAUGAACAAACUGAAAUUGUUUCCUUGGGCUGUGCUGGUCUUCUUGAUAGAGAGCCUGGAUACUGGAAGAAAAAAUACAUCUUCAAGCAAAUAGCUGCUGUCAAAACUAGAGUAAUGCAGCUUGUUAAGCGUGUAGAUCCUUAUACAGGUCUCCCAUGUAAAAACAAAGAAGCUAUGAAAGCCUAUGGCUUGAGCUGGAUAAUUGUUCUAGAGGACAAAAGUGGAAAAGAACAUGUAAUGGAGAAGAGAAGCCUAUCAUUUAAGCAUACGUCUGUUACUAUACUUUGGUAUGGUACGAAUUGGCCAUGCUUGGAUGUCUUGUCAACACUAAAGCUAUUUGGAGUUAUGCCACUUCUUCCUGACAAAAGCAGAGCUCCAAGCAAGAAUGGACCUCGUCGACGUUGCUUAAUUGCUGAAUACCAUCUUGCUAACCUGACUAAAAGUGGUGUAGCAGUUGGUGCCGAUAGGCUUGUCCAGCUUUUUAGUCUGAAUCCAGGACUCUUAAUAGGACUUUGGAAGGGAAAAAAUGAAAUUGCUUUUGUUAUGGCAAGUCUUCAUUAUCAUCAGCUUCUUGAGAGAAGCACUUUGGGUUCUGCUACUGGUCCAUAUGUCUUUCCACCUAAUGAACCUGUAUUGGAUGAUAUUGACCCAGAGUAUGGACUGCAUGACUACAGUCUACAUCUCGAUAUGCACGGUGGAAGCUGUACGUAUCUGUGUGGAACAUUUAAGAGCCUCUUCUGCAGAAAAGGUGACAUUGUAAAUGGAUAUUUGAGGCUUACAGUUGUAAGUUUAAAGGACAGUAUGAAGCACUCACCUCUAAUUGGCACAGUUGGCUUAUCCUGGGAAACAGAUGUGUUUAAAGGCAAUGUAAAGGACUGCUACAUGAUGGAUGUUACUCUCUUGGAGGAAACUGGAAAGCCCUUCUGGUGUUUCAGUGCCCCAGUCAACAUGGAACUGUCUUCCAAGGGAUCCAGCCUUUAUGACUACAUGGGUCAAGUCUAUACCACAGACUAUGCAGAUUCAGAGGGUAAAGUUUGUAUUGAGUUGGAAUGGCUGGAAGAAACCAAGGAAUAUUUUAUUGUCAGUUUGGUGCUUUACAUAAGCACCAAAAAGGUAAAUAACUGGUUUGGAACAAAUUACUGA